AUUACAGUUUCUGGCGGUGGGCUCCCCCCGGUCAGUACCCUCACCAACAUCCACAGCUUUUCCCAUCACACCCCACAACAAUCCCAGAAUCUCAUUAUGACGCCUUUGUCAGGAGUCAUGGCUAUCACGCAAAGCCUAAACAGUUCGCAGGCCCAGAGCGUCCCCGUUAUCAACAGUGUAGCCCUACAACCGGUCCAGUUCUCCCAACAGCUGCACAGCCCACACCAGCAGUCAAUCAUGCAACAGUCAACCAAUCCGAUGGCUCAACAGCCGUUCAUGGCGGCGGUGACACAGCUGCAGAAUUCACACAUGUAUGCUCACAAGCAAGAACCUCCUCAGUAUUCUCACACAUCACGGUUCCCUUCAGCGAUGGUGGUCACGGAUACCAGCAGCCUCAGUUCAUUAACCAACAUGUCUUCCAAUAAACAG